GGCGGGCGCUCCGCAGAGGAGCGUGGUGGAAGUGGUGUAGGGUCCCGGAUCUGGCCCUGGGAAGACACAGGCCACCACACCGAAGGCACAUAGGAUGCACAGAGGUCAAGCCAAUUUGUGGUACAGUACUUUCGCCGGAGUCUCACCCAUGCGGCAGGUGUCUUCACAACACAGUCGUGCCCCCAUGACGCGUGUCUGAGCGUAUCACCCUGCCUGGCUGCGUUCAUAUCCGUGUGUUCUUGGGCAGCUACUGGCGGGGCUGGUUUGCUUACAGAACACGCAUUGACAAGAACAUGGAUUCCCAAAAGGAUGUUCAGCCUCCAAAGCAACAGCCAAUGAUUUACAUUUGUGGAGAAUGUCAUACAGAAAAUGAAAUAAAAGCAAGAGAUCCGAUCAGGUGUCGAGAAUGUGGGUACAGAAUAAUGUACAAGAAGAGAACAAAAAGAUUGGUUGUCUUUGAUGCCCGGUAAUGUGAAUUCAAGAGGUAGCUGUUUUGACCUGGUUCAUUUUAGUACACUGAUAACUUUGGUUUGAAUACACAUCUGCUCUGGACAAAUAUAUACUUUUUCAUUCUGAUAUCAGUUGUAAAUUAUUCAAGUAGUUAAAUAAAGUUUUUAAUAUCAAA